ACAGCAGCUAUGCACUUUUGAACGAUUCAAAAGCUGCGCGGCCGUGUACGCGACGUCAUAUACUGGCUGCUGACUGCACGAGGCCGCGACGCACGCGCGGCACUAUCGCUCGAUAACGUCUGGCUUAUAGCAGUGCAGACCGACUAAAAUCUCCUCCCGUGGCAUGCACAAAUUGCAUAGCAGCUCGUGACACAGUGGCCGAGACAGCAGCAGCAGCACACGCAUAUGCAUGACCUGCAGUCUGCUCGUGCUGCUACUGCACUCCGUUUGGCGCGAAUUUAGCAGACGAUAAUAUAAAUACUACAUAGCUAUGUGUGUGUGUUGUGCUCGUCACCGUAUUCGUGCUGCUGCUGCGAAACUGUGAACAUCUUUAUAUGUAUAGAAACACAACAAAGAGAGAGGGAGAGACAGUCCAUGAGUAACCUCAAAAUUUUACCGAGCUCGUCUCUGUUGUUGUUGUUGUUGUUUUCUUUAUUUUUGAUUUCGUGAUACAUCAUUACCCGAUGUUGCGUCGCUGCUGCUGCUGUCAUCGAAGAAUAAUAGCAGCUAGCUAGCAGACGACGCAUCAGCUACGUGUUGGUGUCUUAUCACGACCACCUGACACUCGAGUGACUAGUCUCGAGGAAGUCUCCGUUCGCAUUCGACUCGUCGUUUUAUGGAUCGUUCGUGUCAAGAUGGGUCACGCAUCGAGUCGCUCGGCCAGCUCCAACAUUCUGUCGUCCGAGGAGCUCACCCUGGUCGAGAGCCUCUUCAAGACCAUGUCGAGGAGCUCGGGCUCGAUCAAGCGCGAGGACAUAUUCAAGCACUGGUCGGUGCAUCUCGACGACGCACUCCUGCAGUUCGUCGUGCGCUUCCUGUGUCACGAGCCGGGCAAACGCUGCUCGGCGGUGAACGGCGAGAGCCUCGGCCGCCUGUACGUGUACGCGGUGCGCGGCAGCUCGGACGAGCGCACCAGCCUCGUGUUCACCGGCUUGGCCGAGGAUGAGCCCAAGUACGAGAUCGCGACGGCCACGUUUCUGCAGUAUCUCCAGGCCACCAUUAACUCGUAUCUCACCCUGCAGAAGAACUGCGCGAAUCCGCACUUUCACACCUGGAGCAGCAUCGGCUGCACCGUGAACAAGCGCAGGAUCAGCAUGCGCUCGAGGACGCUGUGCGAGGAGCUGGUCAAGUACGGCGACACGCUCACCUGCGACCAGAUCGAGGUCUGGUUCAGACAGGCGGCCACCUUCAAGGACAUACAAUCACACGUUUUUCAGUGCCUGUUUCUCGUCUCCCAGAAGAAGGGCGACAAAAACGCCUCCAGUAGAUUGAAUGAGCUCAACCUGUUGCCACUGUGCAAAGGGUUGGAAAAUAUUCCACACUUUCCCAGCAUACUGGGACUGGGCGACGUACUGUUCUUGAAUCUGAGCCUGCCGCACGAGUUGAGAAACGAGUGGCGUUUUUUGUUCUCUAGUCAAGUUCAUGGAGAGUCUUUCUCCACGAUGCUGGGAAGAAUAACGAUGCAGGGUGCCACUAUCAUCAUAUUGCAGGACAGUGACGAUCAUGUUUUUGGUGGCUUUGCCCCCAGUAACUGGGCUCUGUCGCCAAAGUUCACAGGAAAUCAAUCUUGCUUUCUGUUUCAAUUAGAACCUCAAAUUCUGACUUUUCCAGCUACCGGUUACAAUACCCACUUUCAGUAUCUAAAUAUUCAUCAAAAUACAAUGCCCAACGGAUUGCUAAUGGGAGGCCAGUUGAAUUAUCCUGGCCUGUGGUUGGAUUGCGAAUACGGUACUGGAAAAUCAAGCGUAUCUUGCAUGACGUUCAAAGAUUACAUUCAACUGAGCGGCAAGGAAAAUUUCAAAGUGAAGCAUUUGGAAGUAUGGGGUGUUGGCCCACCUCCCGAGUUGGAAGAAGAACGAGAUUCUAUCCUGGAUCAAGAUCCCACUUCAAAAGUAAUAUUAGAACUGGCUGGCAAAACCAUGCACAGUGAUGGAUUGAGAGAGAAGAAGCGCGAGAAAUAAGCUAUAUAUUUUCUGAAUAAUUAGUGUGCUGAAGUAUGUGUCAAAACUUGUCUUUUUAAGAUUUCUCUCUAAACUAUGAAUUUGUUGCAAGACAUCUACAAUUGCAAGUAAAAAAAAAAGGUACAAUCAAUUCAAUCAAAAAAGAAUUAAAAUAGCUAAAUCAUAUUUUUGAUCCAUUUUAGUACCUUAUGUAUACAAAGAAAUCAAUGAAAGAAAAUAGUUGUAGGACAGCCAUGGAUACUUGGCUUCGAGUCUGUGCCAUGUAACGAAAUGUAUUAUACGAGACAUUUACCAAAAAAAAA